AUGGAAUUAAUUAUAAGAGCUGCCAAUUUUUCAGCAAAAAAUGCAGUGUUCUGUAGGCAAAGGACUUUUACGUAUGGAGAUUUGCUGGCACAUGCAGAAUUAGUUCGCAAUAAGCUGCUAUCGCUAAGCGCUUAUAUGAAAGGGAAAAGAGUUGUGGUACUAACACCGCAUAGCUAUGAGUAUUUGCCUUGCCAAUGGGGGAUUUGAAAAGCUGGAGGUGUAGUAGUACCGAUAAAUAUAAAGCAGCCACCUUUAGAAUGAAAGCAUAUCAUAGAGGACUGUCGACCAACUUUUAUAUUGUGCCAUGGAAGCUUGUUGUCCAGACUUGAGACUGUAAUUGAGAAAAAUGGAGUAAAAAUUAUCCCUGUAGGGGAUUUUCAGACUUUGGAAGAGAAAAUUGAAAUAAAGGACGUGAAUAUGGACAACGAAACCGAUGCUAUGAUUUUAUAUACCGCUGGGAUAACAGGAAAGCCAAAAGGAGCUGUGCAUACACACAGAAGUCUCACCUUCCAAGUAAAAACUCUAUCAAAUAAUUGGGGAUGAAACGAGAAUGAUAAUUGCAUAGAGCUUAUGCCAUUAUAUCAUUAUCAUGGCGUUAGCAGCUUAUUGAGUGCUUUGUGGGCAGGAGCUAGCGUUACAUUUCAUUAUAAUUUUGAUGUAUGGAAUUUAUGGCAAGAUAUUAAAAAAGAAACCAAUCUGACUGUUUUAAGUGCUCCAACUUCAGUCUAUACAAAGCUGCUUUAUAACUGGAAUUACAUGUAUAAAACUGAUAAACAAGAAAUUAUUGAUAGCUGCAGAAGAUUCAGGUUAAUGAUCACAGGGAGCUGUGGAAUGCCGGAAACGAUGUCUAAUUAUUGGGAAGAAGCAACCAAGCAUGCCUUAAUUAAUCAAAAAAUAAAACGGUGAUGUCGACGGCAGAUGGACUCCGAGAUAAACUCUCUAUGGAGCAGUUAGGAUCUGUCCUGAUGAAGCUGAAAAUAAUGCCUCUGUUACUUUUUGAAAUAGGCCUUCAAGUUUGGGGACGGCUGCCGAAAAGGGAAGUUUUUUCUCCCUAAGGUUUUUCCUUCCCUACCAGAUGGGCUCGGCAGGUUUUGCCUCCCACUUAGUCUUGGUGAUCAGGAUUUGACCGGACUUCUGCAAGAGAUGACUCUAACCUAAGGAGCUAAUUCUUAGGUUGGGUGGGCUUACACCAGAUAGGCAGGCUAGUGGUUUAUCCACUUAUGGCUUAUAACACUUAACUUAGCUUAAUCAAUCAAUAUGGGACAGCAGAAACGGGGAUGGUUCUGAGCAAUUUAGCAAAUGAGACUCAGACUCCUGGAUGCGUGGGAAAGCCUCUUACGCAAAUAGAAACAGAAAUUUAUAGAAAUGAGCUCAAAGUAAAGACUCCUGGAAUGUUUAAAGAAUAUUUUAAUAACCCAGAAUCAACUAAGCAAGCUUUCGACAAUGAUGGAUGGUUCAAGACUGGAGACUUGGCUGAGAUUGAUCCAAGAUUAGGAAAUUAUAGGAUUACUGGAAAAUUAAAUUCAGAUGCAAUCAGAUUUUCAGGAUAUACAAUUUCUGCUAGAGAAAUAGAAACCGAAUUAAAAGGCUUUCCAGGCAUAGAAGAUGUUGCAGCUGUCGGAGUUCCCAGCUAUGAACAUGGAGAAAUCAUAGGAGUUGCUAUCAAAAGCCAAAAGAAAAUUACAUUAAAAGAUGUCCAAAUCUGAUGUAAAACCAGAAUGGCGAGCUACAAAUUGCCAAGGGUUUUGCAGCAGCUUGAUCAAUUUCCGCUUCACUCAAGUGGAAAAAUUAACAAAAAUGAAUUAGUGAAUUUAUUCAGACAAUAG